AAACCAUAAGCCACUCGUAGUGUUAUGGUAUUUCUCCAAAAGCACCGGGUACAGUUUGUAAGACACUGUUUAGCUAGCCAAGAGACACCCUGAUAAAGACCAUCUAUAUCUAUUCAGGUGUUACACUUUGUACAUCUUUUAGAAAACGCUGCAAUUGACGCUACCUUCUCUACACCCCUGUUUAUACCAGGAAAAUAUUUUUUUCUAGAAAUGUAUCAGUCAUGUGACCACGACGCUCAAAUCUCCUGCAGUUAGGCAGUAAGGUAUCGAAUAAGUUACUUCACUUGUAGCAGCUAAACGAAAAAGUUACUUCACUUGUAGCAGCUAAACGAAUAAGUUACUUCACUUGUAGCAGCUAAACGAAUAAGUUACUUCACUUGUAGCAGCUAAAUUAACUGGUGCGUCACGGAAAUAUUGUAUCGGAUUUUCCCGUUUAUUAUUUUAUGAAUUGUCAGGAUGGCUAAAGCUAGUAAAACGCCCUUUAACAUAGCUAUGCUCGGAAAAACUGGAUAUGGUAAAACGAGUUCCGCGAAUACGAUACUUGGUAGAAAAGCCUUUGAAGAAUCAACAAGCGCCACUGUUGGUACUCGAUUACCGAGUUCCCAUUCGAGCGAUUACAAAGAGUUCAAGGUUACGGUGUUUGAUUUACCGGGCACAUGCGACGCAAGGUAUGAUGAAAAACUGGGUCAAAAGAAAUCGUGUCAGCAGAUUCUGGACGUCGUGGAGGCGGGUGAGGAGGUGGACGUCUUCUUGUUGGUGCUCAGCUACUCCUCCAGGUGGUCCCGAGAGGAUUCCAACACCGUGGAUCUGGUGAAAAAGAUUUUAGGUCGAGACUUUAUCAAACAACACUGCAUACUUGUAAUAACUCACUGGGAUAAUGCAUUAGAUGAAGGCGUUCAAUCGUUUGAAUCGUGGCUUGUAAAUCAAAGCCCCCAGUUAAAAGAACUUGUGGCGGAAUGUCAAGAUCGGUAUGUGGUUUUUGAUAAUAAAACAAGCGAUGAGGCGGAAAGAGAUGAGUAUAGAAGGAAAUUGCUAGAACUUGCGAUCUCAAUGGCGAAGGAUAAGCCGAAAUACAAGGUUGCGGAUUUGAAAAAGAAUUCACGCGAACACGACAAAUUGUUGCAACAAAGUGAUCAUUGGUGUGUGAUAAUCUAAUACAAUAUUUUAUACAUUUUUAAAAAAUCCAAUAUUUUGUCAAUCUUUACUAACGAUCUAAUCCAACAAAUUGUCGCUAACAGUGUCGUAGGCAGGGGGGGAGGGUUAGGGGGGUCAUAACCC